AAUAUUUCAUGGUGUAGUUUUCUGGUAAAUUUUGAAGGUUGCAGGCUUGCAUACCAUUGCAAUCUUCGAUACGCGCGAGACGGAUAUUCAUGGUGGAAGGAAAGACAGAUAUUAUUAUUUAUUUUUGGAUCUGAAAAUAUUGGUAAACGCAAAUCACGACCCUCACCAUUAUUCGAUGCCAUUGAUACGCUGCCAGUGGUUCGACGACGACCGCCAGCCCAUUGCUGGAGGUUGCAAAUGGGAAUUAACGACCUGUACAUUCGUUCACCCUUCAUCACAUCGAUGGGAUUCUGCCGCUCGCAAGAGAACAGCAGUUCCCAGGAAUCAGAUGAGUGCCAGGAAAGGCCCAUCCGGCUGGAGCGACGCGCCUGGUCGUGACCGUAAUGCCAAUAAUACCGGCGCAAACACGGCUGGUCUUGGUGCGAAAAACCGCUAUGAGAAGCUUCCCCCUACAGGACCGAAUGCGGAGAAAAACAAAUGGGACACCGGCGCCUGGUACAAAAAUCGCCAAGAGUCUGGUCAAUCGGAUGCUGGUCCUUCCACAAGCACGCGGGCCAGCGCGUCGGCUACUACGAAACCUGUCGAUGAAUCUUGGGGCCAGACUAACUGGGGAAUGCCCGAGUCUCCAUCGUGGGGUGACCAGACCAAGAGCAGUGGUAUUUCGUCUCCGGCGGGGGGAAACAAGGAUGGUGCAAAGGACUCUGGAGACGGCGGCCAAUGGGGAUCGGGAGGCUGGGGCUGCACAGACAAUGGGAAUGCAACGUGGGGCACUGGUACCUGGGGAACCUCAGAUGCUGGGACAGGUUUGGAAAACGCGCCUACCGAGGAGCCGCAGCUAAUGCAGGUCGACUCUCCCCCACCGUUGUCUUCAAAGGGCAAAGAGAAGGAAGCGCCAAGGCGCGAUUCGCAGGAUACGAUCAUGUCGCCUCCUCUUCCUGAUCCUGAUCCUCCCAUGUCCUCAUCAUGCAUAUCACUGCCCAAAAAGAGGAAAGACCCUGGGAAACAGCCAGCAACCUCGCUAACCGUUGAUGUAUCUGGAAAUGGUGCUGGUGCCAGUGGUCAGCCCCUCUCGCCGUCACAUUCGAUUACAGGCGCCCAAAAUGUGUACAAGGAUCUCAUGAGACACUUCUUCAAACUGGUGCGCCUCAAAAUCGAGAAAUCUGAAUGUGACGAAAAAUACCGCGCCUGGACCUCAGCUCAAGGCUCACAGCCCUAUGCCCUGGGACAGGAAGCUGCUGGAACCCACUGGAACCAAGCCCAAAAACAAUUGGAUAAGAGUCAUAACAUUUCCCGGAACAUUGAAGAAACUAUGAAACUGCUUCUGAGUCUGCCGGAUGUUUCUACGCCAAAAAUAUCUUUGGAUGAAAUGGAAGAAAAGAUGGAACAAAUUACCAAAUAUGCAGAAGACACUGAGCGUUGGAUGAAGGAACUGGCAGAAGCGCAGGAAGAGGCUGAAAGACGUGCUCAAGAAGCUGCAGCAGCGAACUACCCAAUCGAUAUCACACCGCAUUGGACGCCCAAGGAAUGGCCAGAGCACCCCAGUGCGGACUACAUCCAUGGACGCACUGCCGAGUUGCAGGAUCAAGUCGCUGAUAUUUCUAACUUUCUGGAUCAUACCAGAUCGGUGGACGAUGUCGAUUCUCUCUUUGAGGAGGGCAUCCAGAUGAGUGAUAGUCUCGCCCGGCUGAGGAUGGAGGAGUUGGAUCCAGAGGAAGAUCCUCUGACCUUGAGGAUAGAUAAUGCCGGCGGACAAGUCGCCGAAAUGAUGUCGACAAUCGCAGACUACACGGGCAAAUUUGUGAACCAAAAGAAGGAGUCAGAGAGGUGGAAAGCCGAGAGAGAUGCUAAUCUAGCAGUCAAGGCAAAGCUCGAAGAAAAAAUUGCUGGCUUCGAGCAGAGGUCAAAAGAGCGCCACGCCCAUCUUCAAGAGAUGUCCAAUGAAUUGAGAGAACUCCGGGAAAUGGAACAAGCGUACCCGUUCCAUUUAAUCAAUCCAUUACUUGAAGAAAUCACCAACGAAGUAAUUGAGAAGGAGAUGCGGCCGGCCUUGAUGGCCUUACAUGUGGCCUGUGAGGCUGCGUCGACACGGAGCGUGGAUAGGAUGACCGAAAAGAUCCAGGUUGCCGCUCAGCCUACGGUCGAGAGCACCAACCGUCUUCGAGAGCAGGCUCGCCGGUCCAGGGCGUCCACGUCAUCCUAGGUUACCUUCUAUAUCUUGCAAUAUCAUCUUUUUAUACAUUCUGCUUACCCUUAUCUGUUCUUCUUGUGUUCUGGGUUCUGCUGGAUUCUCUACACCUGCAAUUGUAUCUACAUAGCUCAUUUGUUACAUUCUAGACUAGUGUAUAAAGACCAUCCGUACUGUACAUCUGUAUUGAUUAGCACGGCCUGCCCCAAUUUGUCCAACGCCUAGCUACAGGUAAUUCAGUUUCAGUUCAGAUAGUUC